GUCAAGAUCAUGAGAGUGAGAGUGUCAUGAAUGAGAGGGCGAGAUAAGAUAAAAAUAUUUGAAAUAUCGGUGUUGUGCCACGAUGUUUUUAGAGAUUUUUUCAGAUAAAUAAAUUAAAAUAUGUGAAAGUUACACGUUUCCCAAACAGAAUGAGCAGUGGUCCGUUAUACAAAGUGCUCUACGUCCUGGUGCAUUCUAUAUUUACAGUAUACGAGUGGAUAACGGAUGCACUGGAAAGGAUAGGCUCGGUAUUUGUUGAUUUUUGUCACGGGUUUUUCAACAUUCAGAGAAGAAAUUAUUUAAAAAAUGAAAUUGCCAAGAAAAAUAAGAUUCCUAAGCACUUAACUGUGCUGUUGGGGCGAGAGGAGCCUUCCUUUCAAGACCUGGCGAAUAUUGUUUUGUGGUGCUUGGCUAGCCGGAUAGUUUUUCUUAGUUUUUAUGAUCAUAGAGGGAUUCUUAAAAAGCACCAAGACAAAUUAGAAAAAGAAAUCAGUAAAAAACUCCAACACAAUGACCAUGUGAUAUGGCACAACAUUCCAGGAUCAACUUACAAAAAUGGUUUCGUUGGUCGCAAAAUUCACAUUAAACUUUUAUCGCAAGAUAAUGGGAAAACCAGCAUAGCAAAUUUGGCUCAACGUCUUUCAAAAAGUGAAUCUGAGAUUAGUGAUAUUUCCAUACCGUUUGUGGACCACGCUCUUCAAAAAGAUUUCGAGUUUCCGGACCCGGAGAUGGGCAUCAGUUGUGGAAAGUAUUUGAGUUUCAUUAAUUAUCCACCAUGGCAAAUUAGAGUUACGGAAUUUUUAAGUAUAAAAUCGCAUUAUAGAUUUAGGUACAGGACUUUUUUGGAAUUGUUGUACGUAUAUGGUAGAUGUGAACAAAGAUUAGGUAAAUGAAAACUAGUAAUUUUACACUUUUAAAGUGUUUUUGUUGUAUAUAUUUAUUGAUUAUUAUUAAAAUAUACAAAUAUUAA